GGGGGGUCAUAAGCGCCUAUACCGUAAAAUAGACUUUCGACGGAAUGAAAAAGACCUAUAUGGUAGAAUCAUAACCAUAGAAUAUGACCCUAAUAGAAAUGCAAACAUUUGUCUAAUACAUUAUAAGACUGGUGAGAAGAAGUAUAUUUUACAUCCGAGAGGGGCUCAAAUUGGAGAUACCAUUGUUUCUGGUACAAAUGUUUCAAUCAAAAUUGGAAAUGCCCUACCUUUGACCGAAAUCCCCUUAGGCACGACUAUACAUAACCUAGAAAUUACACGUGGAAGGGUGUGGACAAUUAGCUCGAGCAGCGGGUGCAAUGGCGAAACUGAUUGCAAAAGAGGGUAAAUCAGCUACAUUAAAAUUACCUUCUGGCGAGGUCCGUUUUAUAUCCCAAAACUGCUCCGCAACAAUAGGACAAGUCGGGAAUGUUGGGUUCAACCAAAAAAAUUUGGGUAGAGCUGGAGCUAAACGAUGGCUAGGUAAGCGUCCUGUAGUCAGAGGAGUAGUUAUGAACCCCGUAGACCAUCCACACGGGGGCGGUGAGGGUAGAGCUCCUAUUGGGAGAAAAAAACCUACAACCCCUUGGGGUUAUCCCGCACUUGGAAGAAAAACUAGAAAGAGGA